UUCCAACACGCACACGGAGAGCGAACUGAGAGGUAGCAACAGCGAGCAGCCGGGCCGAGAGUAGCUCAGGGAAUUAUAGUGUUACCGCGGCGCUUUUACUGGAGUUCUCUACACGCAGACGUGUAUAUAUGUACAUGCUUGUAAAAGUCGUACAUGGUUGGACUACUGUGGCAUGGAGAGAGCGUAGCCAGCGAGUGGGGCUAUCUGUUCUUUUCCGAACCUUCAUCCGACACCGGAACCUGCCCGACAGUCUUGACUCUCCCUGUGGAACUAGCACGGCUUGAAUCUAGUAAAUAUAACACCGUUUUCAUUCAUCGCUCGCGAUUAUAAACACGGGGUGAUUCUACCCACUCAACUUCAGGGAUAAACACCUCAAUGCGAGGUACGAGGAGCGAGGCUGUUGUCAGGUUCUGAUCGCCUGGAGAAACGAAGACUGUCCCGGUGUCGGAAACAGCACCACGGGAGCACUGUGUGGGGAGUUGGGCUCUUGGAUUGGAGGCAGUACUCGUUCUUGAGAGCGGGGGAUCGGAGUAUACUGGACCGAUCACCACGUUGGAAUUUUGUUCCGUUUCCCUGUGACUUUACAUGUCCGAGUUCUUGGGUCUGUGACAAUGGAUUAUUGGGUCUUUCUGUGCAGCCUUCUGCUGCCCAUGGCUUCAGCUGUUGAAGAAACACUAAUGGACACCAAGUGGGCGACAUCAGAGCUGGCCUGGACUGCACAUCCAGAGACUGGAUGGGAAGAGGUGAGCGGCUAUGAUGAGGCCAUGAACCCAAUACGGACCUACCAGGUGUGCAACGUGCGCGAGCUGAACCAGAACAACUGGCUGCGCAGUGACUACAUUCUGCGCAAGGACGUGCUGCGCGUCUACGUAGAGAUGAAGUUCACCGUCCGUGACUGUAACAGCAUCCCCAACAUUCCGGGCUCCUGCAAGGAGACCUUCAACCUCUUCUACUACGAGUCUGACACGGACUCUGCCACUGCCAACAGUCCCUUUUGGAUGGAGAAUCCCUACAUCAAAGUGGACACCAUCGCACCGGACGAGAGUUUUUCCAAGCUGGAGUCGGGGCGUGUCAACACCAAGGUGCGCAGUUUCGGGCCCCUGUCACGGAAUGGAUUUUACCUAGCCUUCCAAGACCUGGGCGCCUGCAUGUCACUAAUCUCUGUGCGCGUCUUCUACAAGAAGUGCUCCAUGACUAUUGCCAACUUCGCCGUGUUUCCUGAAACGGCCACGGGCGCUGAGGCCACCUCACUGGUCAUUGCUCCAGGGACCUGCGUGCCCAAUGCGCUGGAGGUGUCCGUCCCCCUGAAGUUGUACUGCAAUGGUGAUGGGGAAUGGAUGGUUCCAGUGGGAUCCUGCACCUGUGCAGCUGGUUUUGAGCCUGCCAUGAAGGACACACAGUGCCAGGCCUGUGGUCCUGGAACCUUUAAGUCCCGCCAGGGAGAGGGACUCUGUUCUCCCUGUCCCCCCAACAGCCGUACCAGCUCCGGCGCCUCCACCGUGUGCUCCUGCCGCAAUGGCUACUACCGUGCAGACAGCGACACGCCUGAUGCAGCCUGCAGCACCGUACCUUCUGCCCCUCGCAAUGUGAUCUCCAACGUGAAUGAGACUUCUCUAGUCCUGGAGUGGAGCGAGCCGCGGGACUCUGGUGGCCGCGACGACCUCUUCUACAACGUCAUCUGCAAGAAGUGCCAGGCGGACCGGGGCAUGUGCUCCCGCUGCGACGACAACGUGGACAUCUCGCCGCGCCACCUAGGGCUGAUGGAGCGCCGGGUCGCCGUGCGCAACCUGCAGGCCCACACACAGUACAGCUUCGAGAUCCAGGCUGUCAAUGGCGUCUCCAGCAAAAGUCCCUACUCCCCGCAGUAUGCCAUCGUCAACAUCACCACCAACCAGGCUGCCCCAUCUGCUGUGCCUACGGUUCACCUGAUGGGGGCGACGGCGAGCACCAUGAGCCUGUCCUGGCUGCCCCCUGAGAGACCCAACGGCAUCAUCCUGGACUACGAGAUCAAAUACCAUGAGAAGGGCCAGGGCGGGGCGAUCGCUCACACAAUGACAGCUCAGCGCAGCAGCGCGCGGGUCGAGGGGCUGAAGCCGGGGACCCCCUAUGUGGUGCAGGUGCGAGCACGGACCGUGGCGGGGUACGGCCGCUACAGCAGCCCGGCGGAUUUCAGCACCAACCUGCAGAACGACCCUGAGAAGUCCCUGCAGGAGCAGCUGCCUUUGAUUGUGGGCUCAGCCACAGCCGGCCUCGUCUUCAUCAUCGCUGUAGUGGUCAUUGCUAUAGUCUGCCUGAGGAAACAGCGGAAUGGAUCAGAAUCAGAAUACACAGAGAAGCUGCAGCAGUACAUCACCCCAGGGAUGAAGGUCUAUAUUGACCCUUUCACCUAUGAGGACCCCAAUGAGGCUGUCCGUGAAUUUGCCAAAGAAAUUGACAUCUCCUGUGUGAAGAUUGAGGAGGUCAUCGGGGCAGGCGAGUUUGGGGAGGUGUGUCGUGGGCGCCUAAAACUGCCUGGCAGGCGGGAGAUCAUCGUGGCCAUCAAGACUUUGAAGGCGGGGUACACAGAAAGGCAGAGGCGGGAUUUCCUGAGUGAAGCAAGCAUCAUGGGCCAGUUUGACCACCCCAACAUUAUCCGCUUGGAGGGUGUAGUAACUAAGAGCCGACCAGUUAUGAUCGUCACAGAGUUCAUGGAGAAUGGAGCACUGGACUCCUUCCUGAGGCUCAAUGAUGGUCAGUUCACAGUGAUCCAGCUGGUUGGGAUGCUCCGAGGAAUUGCAGCGGGGAUGAAGUACCUCUCAGACAUGAACUAUGUUCAUCGUGACCUCGCUGCCCGCAACAUCCUGGUCAACAGCAACCUGGUCUGCAAAGUGUCAGACUUUGGGCUGUCCCGCUUCCUGGAGGAUGAUCCCACAGACCCCACCUAUACCAGUUCACUGGGAGGAAAGAUCCCUAUCCGCUGGACAGCUCCAGAGGCCAUUGCAUACAGGAAGUUCACUUCUGCCAGUGAUGUGUGGAGCUAUGGGAUUGUGAUGUGGGAGGUGAUGUCAUACGGAGAGCGGCCAUACUGGGACAUGAGCAACCAGGAUGUGAUCAAUGCAGUGGAACAGGAUUACAGACUCCCUCCGCCCAUGGACUGCCCCACUGCUCUGCACCAACUGAUGUUGGACUGUUGGGUGAAGGAACGCAACCUGCGGCCCAAGUUUGCCCAGAUUGUCAAUACACUCGACAAACUCAUCCGCAACGCUGCCAGCCUGAAAGUUGUGUCUAGCACGCACUCAGGGGCAUCCCAGCCCCUCCUGGACCGCUGCGUCCCUGACUACACCACUUUCACCACUGUGGGGGACUGGCUGGAUGCCAUCAAGAUGAACCGCUACAGAGAUAACUUCGUCAACGCAGGCUUCUCUUCCUUUGACCUGGUUGCACAGAUGACUGCAGAGGACCUGCUACGGAUAGGGGUGACGCUAGCAGGACACCAGAAGAAGAUUUUGGGGAGCAUUCAGGAUAUGCGUCUACAGAUGAACCAAACGCUGCCUGUCCAGGUCUGAGAAGGAGGGACUGUGCCAGACAGAGCCAAUCAAACCCCAGCUGCCUGACAUUCUCUGCCAAUCAGAAACUGGCUUGCAGUGCCUCAGACACCCUCCCCUUUCCAUGUUAUUACUGUGUUUCCACUUUAUUAAUAUGAUUAUUACUAUUACUUUUUUAAGGUUUUUUUCUUUUUCUGAUAAAAGCGCGUUUGCCCACGUGUGUUUUGCAUGCAUGCGUGCGUGUGUUUGUGUGGCGGCAGACUGGGACUUUGCACAUUUUUAUGAACUGAAUUAACAAGCUGGGGCUUCCUCUCCUGAGCACCCGCCUCUGUCCAGCACAGCAAAAGCACGGACCACGGGGAUGGAUUGAAUACGGACAGGGAGACCAGCUGAACUUCAGAAGGAGUCUGAAAUGAACUGGAGCUAAUCAAGGGAAAGGAAAAAAACAACUACAAGCCAGGAAGAGGCUAGAAAAUGUUGAUCUCCUGUCCUUUGAUGGGUUUUUUUUGCGUGAUCUUUCCCCAUCUUCAUAUUGAAGAUGGUUAAUUUACAGAAAGAGGAGGGAGGGCUCCGUGCAGAGUGGUUGGCGACCGCCCGUGCAGAGAUGGCGAUGUUAAUCCCGUUGAUCCCUAAAGACCGACUUCCUCACCGGACAUUGGGACAAACAGCAAAGGCUUGGAUUUUUCAGUUGUCCAGACGAGAACGUUAUUUUUGAAAAACAAGGAAAAAGAGGACAGGCAAAUUUGGAAAGGACCAAAAGCUCCUUUGCCACGUCUCAACUCUGGUUCUAUUUUUCUCAGACGAUUUUCUCUUCAUAUUGUAUGUUCAGAGGCUGCCAUCUUCUCGUGGCUGAAGGACAUCAGCAGGACUGUCUGGGCCUCUGAAACUGUUGCUAGGUGGCAGGUCUGGUCAAGACAGGACAUGGCCUAGGAUCUGCGCGCGUAUCUGAGAGAGCGGGAUUUCACAGACAGCUGUCUCUCGUGCAACACAGAGGAAAAGCAGGCGUGCAAUAUAUCAAUAUAAGGAACAGUUUUAGGCUAUGGAAAACUGUUAUGUAUUUUUUAUGGGAUCCAAACAAAAAAUAUGCAUCAUCUGAAAAGAAAGAAAAGUGCAAAAGUGGAUUUCUGCCUUUUCUUUUCUACACAGCUUUGAAGAGAACGUUGUUUUCCUUUAUUUUCUUUUUCAUGGAUCUAUUUAUUUCUUCCAAUCCCCAGACUAGAGGCCAUCUGAACUGUGGAAUAAAUAAAUCAAUCGCUGUGGGCACGAGAUGCGUACACGGAGCGAUAAUCAUUACAGACUCAGUGCGAGACUGUUGAAUACUGAUUUGUUUUUGUUUUCUCUUGUUGUUGUUCUAAACAGCCUGUAUAUUUCCUAACUGCCCCCUCCCCCAUAAACCCAACUAAAAUGAUGCAACAAAAAUGUGUA